AGCGCAGUCACCACGUCCUCCUAGCCCAGUCGACCCGGUUUCCAAUUCAGUCUGCGCUCGGAAACUGGUGGGAGGCGAGGCCCGGAAGUCCGACGCUUGUCCUUGGACGCCUGCGCAGCGCGCGCUCCCGGGAGCUGAACCAGGGUGAGCACAGAGCUAUCAGAUACUAUAGCCAUAUGAAGUUGAACAUGGCAGAAGAAGAGGACUAUAUGUCUGAUUCCUUCAUUAACGUCCAAGAAGAUAUCAGACCAGGAUUGCCAAUGCUAAGGCAAAUCCGAGAAGCCCGUCGAAAAGAAGAAAAGCAACAGGAAGCUAAUUUGAAAAACAGGCAGAAGAGUUUAAAAGAAGAAGAACAAGAAAGACGUGACAUUGGGUUGAAGAAUGCACUAGGCUGUGAAAACAAAGGGUUUGCCUUGCUCCAAAAGAUGGGAUACAGAAGUGGACAGGCACUUGGCAAGAGUGGGGGUGGUAUUGUUGAACCGAUUCCUCUCAAUAUCAAAACAGGGAAAAGUGGCAUUGGUCACGAGGCAUUAUUAAAACGGAAAGCAGAGGAAAAAUUAGAAAGCUACAGAAAAAAGAUUCACAUGAAAAACCAAGCUGAAGAAAAAGCUGCAGAACAGUUUCGACUGCGACUUAAAAAUAAGCAAGAUGAAAUGAAGCUAGAAGGAGAUCUCAGAAGAAGCCAGCGAGCCUGUCAACAAUUGGAUACCCAGAAAAAUAUUCAGGUUCCCAGGGAAGCAUGGUACUGGUUGAGGAUUGAAGAGGAGACUGAAGAAGAUGAAGAAGAAAAAGAAGAGGAUGAAGAUGAAUAUAAGAGUGAAGAUUUAAGUGUACUGGAAAAAUUACAAAUAUUGACUAGUUAUUUAAGAGAAGAACAUCUGUAUUGUAUUUGGUGUGGAACAGCCUAUGAAGAUAGAGAAGACCUAUCUUCAAAUUGUCCAGGACCAACUUCUGCAGAUCAUGACUAAGGUCAUUCCCAAUAAAGUGGAAACUUGAAAAAUGUUAUUUCCUAGGGAUAGACAGUUCAGCAAUUAGAAAUCCCACAUUUUUUAUGCCAGUAAAGAAAUAGGGGACUUUAUAUAAUGUUUUGUUCUUUUUGUACUUUAGUAUAUGAGUGUUCACUGACUUGAAAAAAAUAUUGCAAUGCCAUUUCAGAACACAAGUAUCAUAGAGAUGGACAGUUAAAAUUUAUUGCUGUAUUUUGAUACCUGAGCGGUUUGAGGACCAACAGGUAACUCUCUUAUUCCCCUUUUACUUUGGAACAAAUUAAGAAAUAAAAAAUGGGAGUCAGGAAAAGAAAAAUAUCUACUUUAUCAGUGAAUAAGCUGAAAUAGAGAAGAAGAUUGACUUUUUCUCCAAUCAGACACUAAUAUUUCUCCCUGAUUGGAGAGAAUGGUGGCCCUCUGCCUUGUAGGGGCAGAGCCCAUCUUUGCAUUCUGAGACCAGUUAGCUUUCAAGGUCAGGGAAACCAUCAGGGGCUGGACCACACAUGCUCAGUUCCUUCUAGUAUCUCCCAUAGGAUAAGACAGUUCUCUGUUGGGAAGCAAUGAAUGAGGGUUCAGAGAGCUUUUUCCUACACUUCUCACUUUGAAGGAGCAAAGAGAAGUUCCCUUCCCUCCAUCCAAGCAUGAAGUGGAGGGGAAAAGUAUUCCCCUGAAUAAGACUGAUGUCAGAGGCAGUGUUCCAUCAGUACUACUAAAUUCUAAUCCAUUUUACACACAAAAUAACUGUGAUAAUUUCUGGUAAAAUCAUGAGCUUUAAUGACAACAUCUAUAUCCAUUAUAUGUGAUCUGUUGAAGUUUUGGCUAUAGAAACUUAAGAAUUGUGAGGAAACUCAAAUUUCAUGUGAUCCCAGUACUCACUGAAUUUAGAAACCCCUUGAUACCAUUCCCAGCAGGUGAUAAUUCAACCUUUGCUUUUAUUCUUCCAGCCACAGAGCUCACUGCUUAAAACUAUUCCAUUACUGGGUAGCUCUAAAUUAUUUUCAUGGUUUUCUCUUAAACUGGAAUCUGCUUCCCUGUAAUUUUACUGAAUACAGCUAAGGACAUACCAUGUGGCAUACUAUGAGAGAGCUCCAUCCAGGGUGAGGCAUCAAAAUGAUGAACAUUUUUGCAAGUUCAUAUGCUCAGGUGUCUUUCCUAGUGAUUGAUUUUGAUUUAUCUAGUCUAAGGUAGUUCCCUGGAUAUCUGUAUCUAUUAUUUAUUUUGAAGUCCCAAGAAUGAGUGAUAAGCACCUAAGGAUAAGAACUAGUGCUGAGGUUAAGUAUGGAGCACCACUGUUCUUUGGAUAGAGUUGUGAUCACCUGUGUGAUUUUAUAGCUCACCUUUUAGUUGCAUUGAGCAAGAGAUCAACCUCCUCUUUUAUUAGAAACACCACACAUAAGAAAAUCACAAAAACCUACACUUGCUAGGGUAAGAAAAUCAGUAGUACAACUUGUAUGAAUCUCUGACCUAAUAUGACCCAAUUCAUUUUUCAAGUUUAACUUGGGGAACUUUACAAAAUAAUAAUAAAAGGAUCCCACCCCAAAAGAUUCUGAUGCCAUUGGUCACUGUGACUUGGGCAUCACUGCUCUUGAUUCUAAAAUGUAGCCUAGCUUGAACCACUAAUCCAGUUAACUUCUGGGCCUCAGUUCUUCAUCCAGAAAACUAACCAUUAUUUUUAUGAAUGUGUGUAUACACACACACACGCACACACACAAUAGUUAUAUGGUUGGAUGCUGUUGGUUAAUAUUUACUUUAUUGUUUAAAAAAAUAAAUUAUAAAAUUGGCCAAGUGCAGUGGCUCACUCCUGUAAUUCCAGCACUUUAGGAGGCCAAGGCAGGCCUUGAAGCCAGGAGUUUGAGCCUGGCCACCAUGGUGAAACCCCAUCACUACUAAAAGUACAAAAAUGAGCUGGGUGUGGUGGCACAUGCCUGUAAUCCCAGAUACUCAGAAGGCUGAGGCAUGAGAUUUGUUUGAACCUGGGAGGCAGAGGUUGCAGUGAGCUGAGAUUAUGCUGCUGCACUCCAGCCUGGGUGACAGAGCAAGACCCUGUCUCAAACAAACAAACAAAAAAUAUAUAUAUAUACACAAAACGCAUAUAUAUGUAUAUGUAUAUAUAUAAUUAUAUUCCUAGCUACUAAUAAAACAGAGGAGCACAUUUUACCCUUGCAAUACUUUGUUAUUAUCAGCCAACAUAACAACUUUCAGUCAAAUCCCAAAGCUGAAUGGACAAUUUCAGAUGGAAUUGAGUUAGACAGGAACUGGCUUCCCUUUCUCCUCUUACUAUGGGGACAACCCACACCUGCUCCAUGGCCUAAAAUAUUUUAAACAUGUUGAUAACAAUUAUGCUGAUAAUGCCAGAAUAACACUGAUGGAACCCAUGACUUCACCAGGAUUGUGGUCUACAUUUACAGGCCUAGGAAUAAAACUAGACCAGCUUAGAGUGUGGGAGAUAUCCUUCUGUUCUUGUCUAUCGAAGGAUAAAAAUCCAGGCUUUCAGCCAGGUGCGGUGGUGCAUGCCUAUGGUCCCAGCUACUCAGGGUGAGGUUGGGAAUCCCUUGAACCCAGGAGUUUGAGAUCAGCCUGGGCAAUAUAGUGAGAGACCCUCAUCUUAAGGAAAAAAAAAUCAGGCUUUCAAUAUGAAUAAAAACUUAUUUUUAGGUCUUUAAUGACUUUAUACAUACGCAACAAGGAACAUCAAGGGAACCAAAACAUUGAAAAGAAUUUUAAAAUUUGUUUGAGAACAUUCAUAUGAAAUUUGAAACUGUAAAACAAUGUAAAAUAUACUACCACGUUGUCAUUUA